GUCGUGACAACAUUUCACGCCCUAGCUAUCAUUUCCACCGUUUUCCGACUCAUUUAUCGCACGCGCGUUCGUCGCCUCGGGUUGGAUGAUUUGUUUGCGGGGUUCUCGCUAUGCUUUCUGUUUGUUUGCCUAGUAUGUAUAUGGGUCCGGACAGAUACUCCAGGUCCUUUGAACCAACCACAUCGUGCACGGCUUAUUGCGUACUGGCUCCUCACUUUUGAUUUCACGUGCUGUCUCUGGUCCGUGCGCCUGAGCAUCAUUUUCUCCAUCAUGCGCGUCAUGCCCCCGAUGAUGAAUAUUCGCCGGGUCACGCAAUGGUUCUCCGUUUUAUUCGUUUUGAUGUGGAUGGCUCUGAUCGUCCAGAAAGCCGUACACUGCACGUUGGACAUAUCAUGGCAGAAGCAGGCUGAGCCUCAGUGUCACCUCGGACGUGCGAUUGGCAUUACGGAAUUAAGCGCCGACUUCGUCUCAGAUGUAGUUCUUGUUGUCCUUCCUCUUCGCCUCAUGUGGAAUUUACAGCUUCCAACUCGGCAGCGCCGCCUAUUAAUCGCUUUGUUCUCCGCCAGCAUGAUCAUCACUCUUAUUAGCAUUGUUCACGCCGUAUUCGUCAUCGGACCCGCCGGUUUCCUUGAAGCCAUGUCAGCCAACAUUCAGAUCGCUGCGUCGCUGAUGGUGUGUAACCUCGCUGUCGUG